AUGCAACUUGUAGUGGAGAUUAUAUGGUGUUGUCAUUGCAUCAUCAAAGCCCACCAAUUUUUGCCAUUCCAUAAGGUUCAAGAAUGGACCGGAAAAUGCUAUGAGGAUAAGAGUAUUUUCCACAAUGUUGUUUGGUGCAGUUGUCCUGGGUCUAGUGGAAGCCAACACCUACAAUUGCUCAAGGCAGGGUUAUUUCCUGCAAGUACCACACACCCAAGAACAGCCUUCACAUUUGAAGUCUUAGAUCUUUUUCUCAUUGAUGCACUAGAGUGCAAGACUUCUGCCUCAAGCUUCUUUGAGAAACUUCGGAGGAUGGCCAAUAACUCAUUCCUGGAUAAAGUACCUAAUAGAUAUAGAGAGCUCAUGAGAGUGUCUCGUUUGUGGAGAGACUUGAUGAGUCGAAAAUGGUUUGGUUUUGGACACAACAAGGAGAAGAUUCCCUACAAGAGUGAUCUUGCUUUAUUCUGUCCUGCUUGUCCUCAGCCAGGCAUCAACCUUGCCACUGAUUGGAGAGACAAGAUGCAAACUGAUGGUGACCAUUGGCUGAUUUCACAAAGAUAUGUUGUUGAUGGAAACUUUACCACACAACAUAUGAUUAUGAAACAACCACUCCUGGAUAUCAGUCUCUCAGAUGGGCUUGGGUAUAUGGUAACUGAGCAAGAAUACCAGACCCACCUAUCAUUGGCUACAGAGAGUAAGGAGUGUUCUUCUUGUAGUAACCACCGAGCAGUCAAUGCAGCCAACAUUAACAGAAGCAAUCUACGAGCCACAGGAGUGGGUGCAACUGCUUAUUCCUUUCUUAUCAUUUAUGAUGUGAGGUAUCAGUGGAGCAUUAAUUUUCUACAGAGAGUGGUCAUGGUGGCAGUUGGAAAAUUCCAUCUCAGUGCUCACAAAUUAGCUUGCUUUGCGAGGGGCUGGGCAGAUCAAUGGGGAGAUUUGGAGACUCUAUGGGCUCCAUUUAAUAAGAUCUCUCCAACUGCUCGGUCAAUGAGUCAAGCUCAUUGCCAAGAAGUGCUUGAUGAUCAUAUGCGAGACUCAAACUAG